UUCACGUCGCAACGUCACUUCCCAGUUAAACGUGGCCGACUCGCAGCAAGGAGUGGCAUUCGAGCGAGCGUCGCGAGCUGUCAAGCUGUCGGCCCUGAGCAGCCCGAGCCCGUGCGAGCUAGCGGAGACUCCGAUCGGCCGGCGCAGCUGAUCGUUUAAAUGACUCGUCGUGGCGGCCGUUGAGCGCGCAAUCGAGCACCCGUUGGCGUCGCAACCGCCGGUUUCAGGCCUGCCGAGAGUCCGUUCAGGCGCGUCCAACGAAAAACAUGUCGUCCUCGGGCGAUUUCGGUAACCCGUUGCGGAAGUUCAAGCUCGUCUUCCUCGGCGAGCAGAGCGUUGGGAAGACGUCCCUUAUUACGCGGUUUAUGUAUGACAGCUUUGACAACACAUACCAGGCUACGAUAGGAAUAGAUUUCUUAAGUAAAACUAUGUAUCUCGAGGACAGAACUGUCAGACUACAGCUGUGGGAUACAGCGGGACAAGAACGGUUCCGUUCUUUGAUACCUAGUUACAUCAGAGAUUCUACUGUCGCAGUCGUUGUUUACGAUAUUACCAACGCCAACUCGUUUCAUCAAACAUCCAAGUGGAUAGACGAUGUGCGGACUGAAAGAGGAAGUGAUGUGAUAAUUAUGCUAGUGGGCAAUAAAACUGACUUGAGUGAUAAGAGGCAAGUUUCGACGGAAGAGGGCGAGCGGAAAGCGAAAGAGCUAAAUGUGAUGUUUAUCGAAACUAGUGCUAAGGCCGGCUAUAACGUUAAACAGCUAUUCAGAAGAGUAGCGGCGGCCCUGCCGGGUAUGGAUUCCACCGAAAACAAGCCCCCCGAAGACAUGCAAGAGGUAGUGCUCAAGGACACGCCAAUCGAACUGAAAGCCUCGGAGAGCAGUUGUGCAUGCUAAGUCGUCGUCGGCCUAUACGGUAGCAGGGUAUCGAAUCGAAUCGGAAUUCGCCAUUAGUAAUCUCCGAAUAGGGCCUUGAACCGCCCCGGAUCGCUUUGGAGCGGUUCGAGGAUCUUCUUCGAGAAACAUGAACCGACUUUCCAAGAAAAUUUCUAAGAGAGCUUGUCGAUUUUUCAGUGUGCUUCAUAAGAAAAUAAUAAAGUAUUAAUAUUAAUAUGUUAUUAUUUACUUGAGAACGUUAUAAUUUCUUUGAUAAAAUCGAGUAACGUUUUCUUGGGCAUUUUCUAAGGAAAUUAUAUAUAUAUGUAUAAGAUUAUUAUACAAUAAUAUUAAUUAUUUAAACGUUAAUAAUAUUAAUAUAAUUAAUUUAUUUUGCCCCGUUCUGUUUCGAGACUAUUUGAAGAGAAUAACAUGUAAUUCUGUUUCUGUUCGAUGCCCUGACUAGUAGACAAAACACUGAGCUAAGUUAACUUAUAAGUUAAUGACUUAGGAUGUUAGGGGUAACUGAUUGGCACUCGGCCUGUGGUUUUCGUGAAAUCGGAAAACUAAUGGGGAGCCGUGCACUGAACAGCAACGAUUUUUAUUAAGACAAGAAAAAGUACAGUUUCUCACAGUAGCUUAAGACUGCUUUUACACAAUGACGUUUUUCCGUAUAUUAGCCGAUCAUAGCUAUUAUAACUCUUUCGGCCUUGAUGCGGCAAUACAUUCUUGAUAAAAAUUAUGAAGCAUCUUUAACGAAUCGCUCUAAAACACUAUAAAUUUGUCGAUCUGGAUUCUCGUAUAUUAAAGGGGACUAAAAGAUACAAUAAAGUGUUUUUAUCCUCUGUUGUCGUCACGUAAUCAAAAUUGCUUGAAUUUGACAAAUUAUUACUGAACCAAUGGAAAUAAUUAUUCGGAUUAAAGUAAUACUUUCCAAAUUUUUGUUGCAUCUUCUUAUUUAAGUUUCCGCUGAUUGGUAAAAGUAUUUCCUAUUUUUGAACAUUUCGCUACGUUUAUUAUGUAUGUCAUAAAGGAGAGUUUUUAAAUUUUAUUUGCCUUCUUAGUUCCAUUGGGAUUAUUUUCCAUCGACGCUAUGUAUCAGAGCAGAAAGAGUUGACGUAGCUUUUACUAAACUAUCAAAGUUCACCCAAGUUUAUUUCGCUUGUUAAUAUCGGUUGUUUCACACCGUACAUUUUUUUUACGCGUGCAAUUAAACAUACAUCGACAAUUGCUCAAAUUGACAUUAAACGGCUAAUAGAAGUGAAUCGUAUUUUCUAUGUUCUUAUUUAUUUCGCAGUUUUCAAGAAUCAGAUAUUAAUUGUACACGUUUGCAAUAAGUAGAGAAAAUGAGACAGCUGCAUUUGCAUUUACGAUAUUUAGCGACAGUUACAUCGAUUUGGAGAUUAUGAAUUAUAGACUAAACGCGUUACAUAUAAAUGCAGUCCUUGAGACAAUUAAAUUGAAAAUUUCAAAUAAUCGUGUCCUACUGACUAAUAAUGCGGAUCCUAGCUCUAUUCGACGCUAUAGGAAAACCAAUAAGUAGCUGAAACUCGACAUUAAAAGUUUAAUCUGAUUUAACUCUAAAUAUAUGGAGAUUAAUUGACGCUGGAAAGUCAGUAAAAGACAAGAAAAAAGGGAGCAAACGAGGGGACAGAAACAUUUAAGAAAGACAUUUUUUUUACGAAAUGAGUGAAUAAUUAGCAGCUAACUUUCUCUUUUCUACAAAUACUUUAAGAGUAGAAUAAUUGUACAGCUCUAUACAAACUCGGAUUUCUCUUAUUAAGUCAAGUAUUUUUUUUCUUUAAACUGUUAUUUAUAUGUUUUUUCCGGAUUAUAAAUUUGUUUACAAAAGAAUAGAAGAAGCUGAUUUGUCUAAAUACUGCAUAUUACAGUUUAAAUGUUUGAUAAAAAAGACUUCUGAUUUCUAAUAAGUCUGUUUUAAUGUCUCCUUUGUUGACUAUUUGUCUAUUAUAUUAUAAUAUCCUAAUUUAUGUACAAAAGAAACUUAAACUACUGAUAAUAUAAAAAGAAAUUUUUGAAAAAUAAUAUUUUUGUUGUCCUCUCGUCUAUGAUUUUCUUCAAAUUUUCCUUAUGCUAAUUUCUCUUGUUAUUUCACUAUUAUUUUUAAGGUAUUGAGAACAUAAUUUAUUGAAAAGAAUUUAUUUUAACUAAUUUUUUUGCCUUGCUUGACUUUUAUUUGCCCCUUGUUUUUUCUUAAAUUAGGAAAAAGGCCAUUAAGAAUAAUUGUCGAGAAAAGUUACCAAAAUUACGUAUAACGAAUUUGUAUGAAGUAAAACUUUAUUAAUAAUUUUAAUAUUUUUGAUAAUUAUACAUAUAUGUAGAGCUCGUAAACGCUCUAAGAAAAUCUUUAUUUUUUAUAUUAGGCUCGAUUGAUGAUAACAUUUGUGGGCAAUUAAUUCCGAAAAAGUUAGUUAAAAAUUUAAUUGAACUUUACGUUGAAUCGAACCUUUUGUUGCAAUACAUGUGUUUCGUUUCGUUCUGUGUUCCACAACAUUUUUGUCUACAAGAAUCUCUCUGUGUUUGAAAAACUUAUAGCCAGUAUUUCUAGAACAUAUUCUCCGUCCCAUUUUUCAACUUUUAUACGCUUUUUCGAUAGUCACCAUUCCUAGCUUUGAUAAACAGAAAUUAAAGCGCGAUGUUGUACACAAUUAAAUCAGAGCUGUAUUCUCAUGAAGGAUUAUCGGUUAGAGGGGAACUAAAAGGAAACUAGUUAGGAGAUCAUCGAUUUGGCAGCGAUAACUACCAGUAUAAUUGAUAGACCAUUACUUAGAAAUUUGUAGAUAAUACUAGAAAAGUCGUCAAAAAAAAAUUUGUUUACUGUAAUAUCGUUAAGAAUUGCAUUGUACUUUACUUGGUUUGUAAGAAUUCAUUGUAUUAUCGGAACCUCAACACGCAUUGAUUAAGUUUAAGGCUAUCAAUCAAAUGUUAAAUCAAGUGCAAUAAUGUAUUUACUGACCAAUAACAUUGCCAAAUUGCAACAAGU